AUGGAACAACCGAUCGAAGUUCUUGUCUCACCGGCAAAUGACGACAACUCGUUUCUGGAGUCCGUGUCUACUCACUCCAACGGACGCGGAGAAGGCGAGAAAGAUCAUUGUAGUGAUGAUGAUGAUGACGAAGAAUUUAAACAGGACAAUUUAAAUGUCCCAAAAAUGCUUGGAUCCGACCAAGGUGGCGUUGAAGACGAGAGUCAUGCAAAAAUGGAAACCGUAAGACACGGAUCAGCAGGCCGUGGCAGCAAUGACGGCUCGUCAUCUGCACCGCUUGCUAACAUCACACGCACGUUACAGCUUGCAAAAUCAUGGCUCAAUAAAUCGCGCGAAAACAGCGCCAAGCGCACACCACGCGUGGACUCAUUCCUUGAAAAGAUGGAGCUGGCUGGACCGUCACGUUUUUCAGGAAAUAAACACAAUAAUAACUCGCACGAUUCUGCGAGCUCUUUUAGGGUCGUUGACCCUUCGAAUGCUUUCCAUUGCUACUGGCUCCUAGUGGUCUCCGUGUGUGUAGUGUACAAUUGGGUGUUUAUUAUUGCUCGGAGUGCAUUCGAAGACCUGCAGAAUGGGUUGUUGGUGCUUUGGUUUGUUAUGGACUACAUUUCGGAUGGGGUAUACAUCUUGGACAUGCUCAUUCAGUUUAAAACAGGUACGUAGCUAAUGAGAUCACUUAAGAGAUUCUAAUUCGCAGAGUCUUAAUGCUUUCUUCUCGAAAUAAAUUGACUAAAUGCUGGAUUUCUUUUUGGCGCAAUAUCUGAAACUCGGCUAGAACCUUUUCGUCUGGAACAGUGAUGCUCAGGGCAGGCAUGGUAUAAAAAAUGUCAAACUGGCACAUUUAAUUUGGAGUGCCUGGCCACUGUACCAUUUAAUUUGUGUGCUAUGGUCAUGAUCGUGGUACUGUAAUUAAUGUCCCAGCUAGCUAUUUUUCACAGUCAAUGCAAACAAAACGAUAUUUGUUAACCGGACAAACUUACAUCAUCGUCGAUCGUGUUACCACUGAACUGUUUGGCCAUUCUCGCAAUUCAAACAAGUCUUUUUUGGCCUUUUUACUUUCACAAUCACAGAGCUUGGAAAAACGAAUAGUCUUUCACGAAAUCUCGAAGCCAAAUUAAUUAAUACCUCAUUGAAAAUAAGACUGCAUGAAGCUAUUCGAUUUUUAGUAUUUUACCAAUGAAAUCUAAUGAGCUUGUUUUUAUUGCACUUUUGGAGUGAAAGGCGUAUACUGCAUGAACACACUGCUAUCUGCGAUAAAAAGCUCUAUCAGAAACAAAUUUCUUCUUGACCUGAUUAGCAUUGUUUAAACCGGCUGCAUUUUAUAAAAUACAGAUAAUUCUUCGAGUCAAAGAGAGAUGCUGGAAUGCAGUUGCAUAGCAAAAAAGUUAAGAUUAAAUCCACAUUAUCAAAACAUAACAACUAUGUAAUUUUGUGUAGUGUACACUGUAAGACACUGUACAGUCCUUCAGUUAAGUCCUUGAUAGAAAAACUAUCGCAAUACAAUUUUUGGUAUAAGUGUAAUCUUGGAUGAACACUCAUGAAGUGAUAUGCACAAGUUGUACAACUUGGACAAAGCAAAGUCUAAAUUUUUUACAAAUAGCAUUACGUGCAAUUUGAUGUCGGUAAAGAACAGACAUUUUAACAUUAUCAAAUACAGAAAAUUAUAUAUUCACGUGUGAACGAAACAAAAACGAAAUUUCAUAUACACACAGUAAAUCAGAGCAAGAAAAUGUGAGGGCAAAGUGUGCUCUGCUUUGCUAUCUGCAAAAUCGCCAUCGCAUGAAUAUUUUACCCUACAUGUACAGAAUGCAAUUUUUACGAAUUUAUAUCUACUAUAGUUUACUUGUGUCGCAUAAUUCGCUUCGAAUAUAGAAUGGUGCGAUUUUACAGCAUUUUCAUUUCAAGUUACGUGAACAAACAUGCGUUGCAAAUCACUUAAAGAGUAAUGCAUCAUGCACUUAGACUGAUUAACACGCUCAGUAUCGGGUGCAAAUCGGAUUAGCAGUCAAUUGGACCGCGAUACCUGAUAAGGUCUUUUGUUCCAAAAAACUAGAAUAACACCAAGACAACAGCGGACAAAACUAAACCAGAAACAAUGAGUUACCAUGGCGGUUUAUCAAGGUAUAAUUUUUUUUAUUCCUCGUAAUGUAAAAUUAAAUCAUGGCCUAUUUUCCGGCCCACAAUAUCGCAGUUAUUUUCUUUAAUAAAUUGUACAAUGGUUUAGACAAUCUGGCGCCAAUCUAAGAUGAUGAACUAUUAAAAGGUCCACCAAUUAACAUGUCCUUGGCGCCAGGCAUCUAAAUUAUUAUGAUUUCAAUUAAGUGUAAUUACAUUUUAAUCGUUUCGCAAAUGAAGCGAAGAAGUAUAAUUCAGUCUUUAGAAAGUGCUUUCUUAAUCCUUCAUUCCCUCAAAUAUCAAGGUCCAAAUUUUAGCUUAUUUUUAUCUUCAGAUUGUGUUGUUUAUGCCCUAACCAUACUGUAUGUGUAAUUAGAAGAAAUUUUUGUUGCCGUGAAGAAAUCUACAAGGGACCGCUUUCCUGGAUUUUUUAGUGAAUAAGCAAAUUAUUUUCAUGUUUGACAUAGAAAAUUGAAUAGUCUGAUAAUUUAUCUUUUUCCUGCCUUUUGUACUGCCUUAUUUUGCUAUUAUUAUAAUAUAAAUAUUAAUAUUAUUAUUAUUUUAUGGGGAUGGGUGAAGGACAAAAAAACGAAAACUUUGAAACUUUUUGCUACCUUUUACGGUCCGGCAUAAUACCCCACUUACCAGAUUUUACCAGACUUUAUUAUAUGGCUACAAUAGUACGCGCGCUCUCACUGAUUGGCUGUUUUCUUGUAAUCACCGGGAAAUACUAGCUAGGUGUUCAAGACAUAUACAAUCUGUUAAAAAAGGUAUCCGCUGACCAGUGUCACCUGACUACAUCACGGGCUGACGUGUUCAACUCAUUGAGGUGACGUGUUUAUUAAAGAUAUCCGCUGACCAGGUCAGGUCCAAAGUGAAAGGGCAUAUAAUAAAUAACUUAUUAACCUCGUCCGUUCGGUCAUUACAGGAAAAUCUGAGACCUCGCUUUGAUUUAUUGACCUCACUAUCGCUCGGUCAAUACAUCAACUCUGUCUGAGAUUUCCCAGUAAUGACCUCACUCUCGGUUAAUGAGAAGUUUGUGCUUAGUUUGCUGUAUAGUUUAUGCUAUGGUUACCCUCAGAAAACGUUUGGAGGUCCAGGGAAGGCAUCCACCUACCUUCCUUCCCUAGUUACCAAUACGGUUGCGCAUGAUUUGGAACAUUACUGCAAUUUUUUGCAUCUCGGAGCGCGAAUUUGUCUUAAUUCUUUGGAGACGAUUUUCCCUCGAGAAAAUGGGCAAAAGCGUACAAAGAAUUUGGAAGAAAAUGCUAUAAGGUACUCAGUUAUAAUUCGUAUGACGUGAGUUGCUAUAGGAUUGGCAUUACCUGGGCACUGAGUCCGUAUCUUAAUUAAUUGUAAAUUUAAAACCAAACUUUGUUUUCGUUAUCAUCACAUUGGCAUUGUUAAUCACUAGGUUACAUGGACCAAGGCACUUUAGUGAAGGAUUCCAAGAAGCUCCGUCGAAACUAUAUCUCCAAAUUAGCUUUUAAGAUAGACUGCCUAUCCAUAGUACCUUUGGAUCUCUUCUACUUCGCUUGGGGUCUAAAUAAAGUUAUAUUGAGGUUGCCACGCCUUCUCCGCUUGCAUCGCCUGCUCGAACUCAGAAGCACCACAGAGACACACUCUCGUUUCCCGAAUUUCCUCCGCUUGUGCUUCUUGGUAGCCAUGGUGUUGCUUAUUUUUCACUGGAACGCAUGUUUUUAUUUCUUGCUUUCAAAAUGGAUUGGCUUUGGCUCGGAUACUUGGGUCUACCCAAAGCUUACAUCACCAGGCUUCGACUCCUUAACGAGGCAGUACCUUUUUAGCUUGUACUGGUCUUCUAGAAUGCUCACAACAGGAGAGACAGAAAAUCCACCGCAGACAAACUUGGAGCUCUUUUUUGUAACCACCGAUCUCACUGUAGGGUUUUUAGUUUUCGCCGCCAUUGUUGGCCAGUUCGGGAGUAUGAUAACGCACAUGCUCCUUGUUCGAAGGGAAUUCCUUGGGCAAGCCGAAGCGGUCAAACAGUACAUGAUUUUUCACGGGGUAGGAGACGAUUUGCAAAAACGAGUCGUUGCGUGGUUUGAUUACAUGUGGGAGACUAAAAAGUCGUCCCUUGAUCGCGAUUCUGUGCUCUGCAAACUCCCUAAAACGCUUAAAACGGAGAUAGCAGUACAAGUGCACUUAGCGACCUUGAAACAAGUGAAAGUUUUUGCUGACGUCGAACCGGGACUGCUAAAAGAAAUCGUUUUGAAACUUCGCUCACAGGUUUACUCUCCCGGGGAUUACAUCUGUAAGAAGGGAGAACCGGGAAGAGAGAUGUACUUGGUGAGAAGCGGUCGACUGCAAGUCAUACAGGAAGAUACUGAAGCAGUCAUUGCCACUCUUUACGAAGGUAGUUAUUUUGGCGAGAUCAGUAUCCUGAAUUUAUCCGACACUGGUAAUCGCCGAACUGCAAAUGUGCGCUCGGAAGGGUAUUCGGAAUUACUGUGCCUUUCUAAAGAAGAUCUACUUGAAGCAUUGACGGAAUACCCUGAAGCACGUAAACUGCUUGAGGCGCGGGGACGGAGACUGCUAAGACGAUCUCGAUAA